AUGCUAGGUGCUUGGGUUGAGGUUGGAGAGGACCAUGACGGCACCGAAGCGGAUCGCGAGCCAGCAGCCUCCAACGGCGGCGCUGACUAUGACGAAGGCUACGAGUUGGGAGAAAGCCAACACGAGCGGGGUAGAGCGCUCAUGGUUAGUAGUCCGUCCGCGCCGGUAGCUCCAGCUACAGGCAGCGAAGACGGUGAAGACGACGGCGGCGGCAGCGACGACGUCAGUAUCACAGAGGAAGACUUUCUCUGGCAUGCGUUGCAGGAGGAGGCUGCGUUGCAGGAGAAUGGGUUGCAGGAGGUUGCGGCGCUCGAUCCUUCGGAUAGUGGCUCGUCAACGAUAUCGAGGCCGACGUCCCACGACCGGCGAUCGCCUUCUCCCCGAGAGUUGCAGCCGAGUCAGCCGUUUACGCGCCGGAAUGCCGUAACAUCCACUGAUAUCCUACAGCUUUUCCCCGAUGGCGAGGAUGGCCGCCUCGCCUGGAGGGUGGUUGCGAGCCAUGAGUGGGGCUGA